AUGCUAUUCCAAUGUGCCUUUGUAUCUGUUUAUCUGUCGAUUUGUUUAUCUAUUUAUCUAUCUAUCCUAGUUUGUUCAUAUUUGUCUAUCCUAUCUGUUUAUCUGUCGAUUCGUUUAUUAUCUAUCUAUCUAUCUAUCUAUCUAUCUAUCUAUCUAUCUAUCUAUCUAUCUAUCUCUGUUCAUAUCUAUCUACCUAUCUCAGCCUGUUUAUUUCUAUCUAUGAUAAUCUUGAAAGUUAUAAAAAUCCGUUCAUUUGUCUGCCUGCCCGCCACUUUAUCGCUCGCUCAACUGCUAUCUAUCUAUCUAUCUAUCUAUCUAUCUAUCUAUCUAUCUAUCUAUCUAUCUAUCUAUCUAUCUAAUACAAGUCUCUCCCUUUCUUUCUUUCUUUCUUUUCUUUCUAAUGCAAGUUUCUCCUUCCUUCCUUCCUUCCUUCCUUCCUUCCUUCCUAUUAUCUUCCUUCCUUCCUUCCUAUCUAUCUAUCUAUCUAUCUAUCUAUCCCCUAUCUAUCUACUUUUCAUCUAUCUAUUACAACUCUCUCCUUCCUUCCUUCCCUUCUAUUUUUCUAUUUCUAAUACAAGUCUCUUCCUUCUUUUCCUUCCUUCCUUCCUUCCUUCCUUCUAUGUAUCUAUCUUUCUAAUACAAUCUCCUUCCUUCCUUCCUUCCUUCUUCCUUCCUUCCUAUCUAUCUAUCUAUCUAUCUAUCUAUCUAUCUAUCUAUCUAUCUAUCUAUCUAUUACAAGUCUCUCCCUCCCUUCCUUCCCUACUUCUUUCCUUUCUAACACAAGUCUCUUCCUUCCUUCCUUCCUUCCUUCCUUCUAUCUAUCUAUCUAUCUAUCUAUCUAUCUAUCUAUCUAUCUAUCUAUCUAUCUAUCUAUCUAAUACUCUCUCUCAUCCUUCCUUCCUUCCUUCCUUUCUAUCUAUCUAUCUAUCUAUCUAUCUAUCUAUCUAUCUAUCUAUCUAUCUAUCUAUCUAUCUAUUCUCUCCCUUUCUUUCUUUCUCUCUUUCUUUCUUUCUUUCUUUCUUUCUUUCUUUCUUUCUUUCUUUCUUUCUUUCUUUCUUUCUAAUGCAAGUUUCUCCCUUCCUUCCUUCCUUACUUCCUUCUUUUCUAUCUAUCUAUCUAUCUAUCUAUUACAAGUCUCUCCCUCCCUUCCUUCCCUACUUUUUCCUUUCUAAUACAAGUCUCUUCCUUCCUUCCUUCCUUCCUUCCUUCCUUCCUUCCUUCCUUCUAUCUAUCUAUCUAUCUAUCUAUCUAUCUAUCUAUCUAUCUAUCGAUCUAAUACGUCUCUCCCUUUCUUUCUUUCUUUCUUUCUUUCUUUCUUUCUUUCUUUCUAAUGCAAGUCUCUGUCAUCCUUCCUUGCUUCCUUACUUCCUUUCUAUCUAUCUAUCUAUCUAUCUAUCUAUCUAUCUAUCUAUCUAUCUAUCUAUCUAUCUAUCUAAUACAAGUCUCUCCCUCCCUUCCUUCCCUACUUCUUUCCUUUCUAACACACGUCUCUUCCUUCCUUCCUUCCUUCCUUCCUUCCUUCCUUCCUUCCUUCCUUCCUUCCUUCCUUCCUUCCUUCCUUUCUAUCUAUCUAUCUAUUUAUCUAUCUAUCUAAUUUACAGCUCUUUAAAUGCUGGGAAUCCCAUUCCUCUCAAGGGCGGUGCUGCUGGGGAUUUUGUCUUGCAUCGAAUCCGGCGCUUGUGGAAGGCGUUCAGCUUCUGUUCUUGA